GUUUUGUUCUCUAACCUAGGCAUAUCAUGUUUACAUUAGUUGUACAGCCUAUAAUGUUAAGUCUUCUUUUCGUAGAUAUUGUCAAUAAAAUAAGAGUAAAAGUAAAAUUGUCGGGUAGUAAUUUGAAACCACAGGGUUUGACCCACCCUGUUAGAUUUAGGCUAAAAAUUGCGUCAAACAGAGAAUGAGGAAGUCCAACUCGUAGUUUCCCCCCUCUCCUUCCGAUGUUCUGAGUAUAGGCAAGGUACAUGUACGGCACACAAAAGUCUUACAAUGUAGGAGUAUUUGCGGACGUUUCGUUAUCACUUCAACAUAUUCUCUUUUAUAUACCUGUGCUUUUGUUUUAGAGACAGAGAGCCUCACAAAAGAGGAUUGGGAAACCACUCAAAACGAGUAGAAUGGAUUUCCCCCACCUGACGGAAGAUGACAUGGCUGAAAUAAAGAAGGAAGCACUUGAAAGGCUACGCCCGUACCUGGUCGAGAAGAUCAUCGCCAGUCGUCACUUUGACUACCUACGCUCAAGGAAGAUCCUUACUCGGGACGACACGGAGGAGAUAAGCUCCAGAAACACAGACCGCAAGCGCGCUGGCAAGCUGCUGGACUACCUGGCCGAAAACCCUCGGGGCUUGGAUACCUUAAUUGAAUCCAUCCGUCGGGAGCGCACCAUUAACUUCCUCAUCACCAGAAUAACCGACGAGGUGCAGAAGGUCAAGAACGAGAGGAUAGCUGCCAUGAAGGCAGAAGCAAGCUCAAGCUAUACCCACUCAAAGUCUGGUGCCACCAACGACCUCUCUCGGACAUUUUCCUAUGAUUCUAACUUUGACAAGUGCUAUGCCUCUACGCUGCUUUUCCACCCAGAGGGCGAGGGGAGCCCAUCUAACUCGGUGGCCACUGGUUCGUUAAACCUGCUCUGUGGGUCUAGUGGGAGACGAGACAACAUUGUCGGGGUUGUGGGCAGCAGUGUCAGUGUGACUGGGUCGUCCUACAGUGUCUCCUCAUCUUUACCUAAGCCGGGAGACCCAGGGGCUCCCCCUCUACCGGAGGAGGUCCUGAAUGAGAUACAGGACACAGAUUCCGGGGCUUGUGGGAGUACUGCCAGUGGUGGGGAUGCUAAUAUCCAACCACUGCGAUCCCGGUCCAUUUCACCCCGCUCGUGAAAGAACUGUUAACGAGUCCUGUGCCAAUGACCACCAUCUGGACCAUCGGAGCAAAACUCUAGCAUAUGCCCACUUGUUAGGCUGCUGAACUUUUCUAUUAUUUUUAUGUGUCAGAGCCUAUUUCUUUUCAGUCACUGUAUAGUUACAAUCCUUUACUCUUCAUUCAUACCUGAUGUAAUUGUGUUGUCUUACUUAAUCACCAGUUUUCUGCUGUACAUAUGUUGAUGUUUUCUUGCACCUCAUGUGUAUUGUGUUAAAAUAGUUCAUGCGUGGUGGAGGACAGAUCCUUCAACACACAGCUUUGCGCAGUGGGGAAGUUUGUAGACCUUGUGAGGUGAUCAGGAAAUCCCAGGCCAGUUGAAACUUGUCCAUUAUGUGGAUCUGCGGCUAGCUAGUUCAUUAUAUAGCUGCCUCAACUUUAGGGAACAUUCUAAACGACAGACCACUUCAGCACAUGACCAUGAUGGUGGACUGGAGUAAGACUUUUCAGUGUCCUAAUGUCUGACAUCACCCUUCAUAAAUAUGUUUUUUUUUGACGGAGUCAUGCACUGGAACUUGUUGACAUAACCACUAGACAGCCAUCAUUUUUAGCACUGAUUAACUCACUGAUGGUCAAGAAAAGCAUGCAUAUCAUACCACUAAUGUAUUAGUAUAACCACAAAACACUGCAGUCAUUAUGAAACAACAGAUCAAAUAUUGACAGACAGACAGAUUUUUAAGGAAAUGGAGGUUAGGAGGACUCAAUCUGAGAGUAACUAACUGAAGCAUAGUCAGAAUAAUAUGUGUAGCACCAUUCAAGGCUCCCAGUGCUGUUUAGUUGGUGGCUAAAGUAAAAACAAAUGGAAUUAAAUACUGGAACCACUACACAAUAAAAAUAAAACAAAGCUAAAACAAAUUCACUGUGAGAUCAUCACUGCAGUCCUUGGAUAAAGUAAGUGUUUGUCUAUGUAUGUGACUGAACACAAUCUGUGUUAGAAAUGACUCAAUUAUUUUACCUGUGUUGCCAUAACAUGUUUAUUGUUGGCUGUAGUCAAUUUGUGAACUGAAAUAUACUUCAAGGGGAGACAGAAUAAAAGAGCUGCAUGUUUUCUGUUCACAA